CCGGUCUUCAAGGUUAUGAUCUCUUACUGUCAUCCUAACGAAUCCUUAAGUCAUCCCUGGGCUAAUAACGGUCUUAACAGAUGCUUCGUGAGCACUUUAUCUUCCAGCGUCCUUUGCAUUUUAUUUCUGGUUCCUGGAUUCGUUCAGGCAUACAUCUACCGAAAACAUGGUCAACCUAUUACUAAUAGUUUGAGAUCCAGGUCUAAGUUCUUAUACUUACACGUAUUGUUGUCACUCACCAUCCCAUUUCUUUAUCUCUCCCAAAUAAUGGUUUUUGCGUUCAUGAAUGACUUGGAGCAUGUGUAUGGAUAUAUGACAUAUUCUGUUAUAGUUAUGUUUAUCGUUUGGCCACUCUCUGCAUAUAUUUUACGCACUGAGUGCUCCUACGUCCUUUUAAACUUUGAAGGGAGGAGUCAUGGUCUGCUUCUGUUAUGCUUCUGGACAUUAUCAUUCCUACUAGCCUUCCUGCCUUUGGUAUCCAUUUCUAACAACGACUGGUGGUGGAACUUGUCAAGUGACGCAAAUGUGGUCGAGUUCACCUUAUGGGUUUUGUACGCUUUUUGCGUGUCAUUCGUCUUCAUAUUGGGUAUAUGGGCUCCAGGCCUCCCAAGCUACUUUGCAGUCUAUGAGUUUCUGCAGUCGAAUGGUCAAAACUCGUUGAGUAAUGGAAAUAUUUGGGUUCAACGCAUCUGUAGAUUCAAAAUCGUAUCACCGUUUAUCUGGCCAAGACGUCACAAGACCAUACAGCUUAGAGUAUUUUCUUGUUUUUUAUUACUAAUUGCUGGGCGAAUCGUCAAUUUAUACUCACCAAUUUUGUACAAAGAUAUAGUAAACAGUUUGUCCGAAGUUGACAAUUCCACCGGAACAUUAUCUUUUGAACAGAAUCUCAUCAUGAAACCAUCUCCGUAUACGAUAUUCACUGCUGUAUCCAGUCAUACUGGGUUGAUUUAUCGUUGGGAUUAUGUUCUUUUAUUUGCUUUAUUACGGUUACUUCAAGGGCUGGGUGGUUUAGGUGCUGGUCUUAUAUCUGCUUUACGUUCUCAAUUAUGGAUAGCAGUUGAUCAGUUUUCAACAAGAGAAUUAAGUGUAAUGCUCUUCAAACAUAUCCAAAGACUUUCUUUAAAAUGGCAUUUAUCCAGAAAAACUGGUGAAGUGCUAAGAGUAAUGGAUCGUGGAACAGCUAGCAUUUCAAAUAUUCUAUCAUAUCUUGUAUUUAAUAUCAUACCAACUGUAUUGGAUAUAAUCAUUGGUGUAGUAUAUUUUGUCACAGCUUUCAAUAUUUGGUAUGGAUUGUUAGUUUUUGUGACUAUGCUUAUUUACCUUAUUUCCACAGUGCUAAUUACUGAAUGGAGAGCGAAAUUUCGACGUGAAAUGAAUAAUUUAGACAAUCAAAAAAACACUAAAGCUGUUGAUUCAGUGUUGAACUUUGAAACUGUUAAAUAUUAUAACGCUGAACAAUUUGAAACGGAUCGUUAUAAUCAAGCAUUUUUAGAUUAUCAAAAAGCUGAUUGGUGGAAUGCAUUUACUUUAAAUCUACUUAAUACAGUACAAAAUAUAGUAAUUAGUAUUGGAUUUAUGUUUGGUGUAUUGUUAUGUGCUCGAGAUGUUGUUAAUGGAGUAUUGACAGUUGGACAUUUUGUUUUAUUUUGUACAUAUAUUAUUCAACUUUAUUCACCAUUAAGUAUUUUUGGAACAUAUUACAGGCUACUACAAACAAGCUUUAUUGAUAUGGAAAAUAUGUUUGAUUUAUUAGAACAAGAAUUAGAUGUUGCCGAUGCACCGAAUGCUCAAGCAUUAAUUGUCAAAGAAGGUGCUGUUGAGUUCAAUAAUGUCUGCUUCUUUUACAACCCAGAGCGUCCAAUUUUAAAAAAUGUAUCAUUCAAAAUACCGAAGGGUCACACUGUUGCCUUGGUUGGUGAAUCAGGAAGUGGUAAAUCAACAAUUGUUCGACUUUUGUUUCGAUUCUAUGAUGCCACUGAAGGAGAGAUUUUAAUUGAUGGACAAAAUAUUAAAUCAGUUACUCAAGCAUCAUUACGUCAGUCACUUGGGGUUGUGCCACAAGAUACAGUUUUAUUUAAUGAUACAAUAUAUUAUAAUAUACGUUACGGACGUCAGUCAGCUGAUCGAACAGAUAUUGAACAAGUCGCCAUUGCCGCUGACAUACAUCGAUGUAUUUUAGACUUUCCAAAAGGCUAUGAAACAAUAGUUGGUGAACGGGGUUUAAAAUUAAGUGGUGGAGAAAAACAACGUGUAGCUAUUGCCCGUAAUCUUUUAAAGAAUCCAACUAUUAUGAUUUUAGACGAAGCUACAUCAGCAUUGGAUACAACAACAGAACGCAAUAUUCAAGCUAGUUUAAAUCGUAUUGCACAAAAUCGUACCACUUUAAUUGUUGCACAUCGUUUAUCAACAAUAGUUAAUGCAAAUGAAAUUUUAGUUCUACAUGAAGGUGAAAUUGUUGAACGUGGUACACAUUCGGAACUAUUAUUAAAUCCCAAAAGUCGUUAUGCUCAAUUAUGGCGUCAACAAAGUGAAGUACAACAACAAUCAUCAACAUUCUCCUCUACAUCAUCUUCGUUAUUGUUACCAAUUAUUAAUGAAAACACAGAAAAUGUGUCCAAUCCAAUAAAGAGAACAAAUCAACUUGUUGAUGUGUAAUAUUUUCAAUUUAAUAUUUAUAUAGGAAGUUAAAUCCAAUUCUAAUAUAUCUUCAUAAAAUACUUUGACAUCAUAAAAAUUAGUCAUUAUUGUGUACGUAUAUAUAUAUAUAUAUAUAUAUAUAUAUAUAUAUAUAUAUAUAAAGAUUAGAUAAGCUUUCACUGUUACAGUAACUAGAGAAGAAACAUAGUAGUGGUAGUAUGUCAUCUUUGAUAUCGUCUACGUCCAUUUGUAAUGUUUCACUUUUUGUUAUUUAGAAAAGCUUUAUCUAACUCAUCAUAUAUAAAUUGUAAGUGCAUACACUCAUAUAACUAGUUACACUGUAAUUUCAGUAGAUAUUUUAACAAUUACCUAUAUAUAUAUAAAGUAUAUAUUUUGUCAAAGUUCCUAUGUUUAUUGAUUGUUCAGUAGUAGUGAAUAUAUAUUUCAUGACAUCUGUAAAUGGGAAUUUUUUUCCACUUUUUAUCUAUACACUAAGCAUACUGUGUCUGCC